AUCCCCGCCUCCGAAGCACCAUCCCAUUCGCACCCGCCUCCAUAGGGAAUCAAUCUCUCUGCCGCCGCCGCCAUGCUCCGCCUCCAUGGCUGCAUCCUCGUGCGGCUCCUCUCUUCCCCCGCCACCUCUCAGGGCCCCCCUCUCCACCGCCCCCUCUCCGCGGCCGCCGCGCCCGGCGUUUCCCCAAACCCUAGCUUGGUCGUCGACGACUACCUCGUCUCCACCUGCGGCCUCACCCGACCCCAGGCACUCAAGGCCUCCGCCAAGCUCUCCCACCUCAAGUCCCCGUCCAAGCCCGACGUCGUCCUCGCCUUCCUCGCCGGCCUCGGCCUCUGCGGCGCCGACGUCGCCGCCCUCGUCGCCAAGGACCCGCUGUUCCUCUGCGCCAAAGUAGAGAAAACUCUAGCCCCCGUCGUCGUUGGGCUCACCGGCCUCGGCCUCUCGCGUACUGAGAUCGUGCGCCUCGUCGCGCUCUCCUUCGCCCACUUCUGUUCUAGGUCCAUUGUUUCCAAGUUGCGGUACUACCUGCUCCUAUUCGGCUCCUCGGAGAACCUCUUCCGGGUGCUCAAGCAAGGCUACCUCGCCGGCGCUGACAUCGAGGGGAUGGUCAAACCCAACGUCGCGCUCCUACGGCAAUGCGGGCUAGAUGAUUGCAAUAUCACCAAGUUGUCCCUCCGUGCGCGGGGUGUCCUGAGCAAUAAGCCAGAACGCGUCCGGGCGAUGGUGGCAUGCGCCGAAGGCCUUGGCAUGCCUCGUGGCUCGGGGAUGUUCAGGCACACGUUGGAUGCUGUCAGAUUCCUCAGCAAGGAGAAGAUCGCCGCCAAAGUGGCCUACUUGAAUAAGAUGUUCAGGUGGUCAGACGCUGAGGUGAGCAUUGUUGUGCGUAACGCUCUGUGUCUGCUGAGGAAGUCAAAGGAAUUACUGCAGCGCAGGUCUGAUUUCCUCAUCUCUGAGGUGGGGUUGGAACCUACCUACAUUGCUCAACGGUCAGUAAUUAUCAAUUACAAGCUGGAGGGCUGGAUCAAACCCAGGUACUACGUUGUAAAGUUUCUCAUGGAAAAUGGAUUGCUCAAGUGCAACCCAGGCUACUGCUAUACCGCUUUCAAGGUGAGAGAGAAGGUAUUCAUGGAGAAGUUCAUUUCCCCUCACACGGAAGUUGCGCCGCACCUCGCCGAAGACUAUGCAACAGCUUGUGAAGGGGUAGUGCCGGCUAGAUUCAGAUUUACAUGAACCAAG